GAUGCAACACCACCAGCUAGAGUCUGAGCCUCCACUUAGUGACCGAUCAGAACAUUUCUCAGACUCAGGUCUGAUCUCUCUGUUGAGAUCAGAGCUCGGCCUGUCGUCCUCGGACCUCUUUUCCAUGACCAUCACAGACUACGACAUCAAGCCCAACAGAGUUUUUGAGGCCCCCCCAUCAGGUCCUGCUCUGUUCGAGUACAUUGACAACUUUGCCUCAAGGCGCUCAGAAAAAGAAAAGGAAAAGAGGACCCCUCCUUCCUGCUCCAAUGGGAAGCAAAAGCCUGAAGCUGAUAAUAUACUGCUCAGGUUUGUGUCUAAAAGGAGACUGCUGCUCAUCUCUGCUCCCUCUGAGGACGACUACUCCUUCCAGCAGCAGCUCUCUGCUCUCAGUGGACAGGGGUGUCACUUGGGCAUUCGCCACUUUGCCAUGUUGAAGCUGAUUGGAACUGGGAACAAAGCAUCAGGAACUGUUGAACUAUUUCCCCUAAACGGUCAUAGUCAGAGUGAAGUCGAACCUCUAUCCAGGGACAUGGUAAACAAUCUGAGAGAACAGCUGAAGAUCAGUAAGGACUAUUUCAGCAUGCUGUUUGUGGGGAAGGACAGCGACGUCAAGGCGUGGUUCCCGUCCCCCAUGUGGACCCUGGAUAACGUCUACGACCUGGUGGACUCCACGGAGCAGCGGGUGCAGGAGGAGAAGCUGCAGAAAAGACUGGGGAUCCACUGCCCUGAGGACAGAGGGAGAGGAGCCAGUGAGGGGGGGCAUUACCCCGGCUAUGAUGAAGAUGGGACGGAGGACGCAUACUAUCACCAGUCACAGCAAUGAUGAGAAGGAAGGAGGAAGAAGAUUUAGUGGAGUGAAGAAGAGCUUCCUAUAUUCUGGAGAUGACACAGCAAACACAUGAACAUACACAAAUUAAUAACAAGGACCUACAAACACAUCUUCAGCACAAUAAUAAGCUGUAUAUGUUUAUGUUUGCAAGAAAUAAAUGUGAAAGCUGAACAGAAAAUGUUUCAGGAAUGGUUUCAUUCAAUAAAGACUUAAAGAAAACACAUGUGCAACUUUUUUAAAUUGUAUGUUAAAAUCUGGUGUAGGCAUAUGCUCAUUGAAGUAACAAUGAAACAUUAAACUGUACUCCAAGGACUAGCAGAUUGAGCUCUCUGGCAACACUUCUG